UCGAACAGAAUGAACGAAAAAUACGGCGCCAAACGUUUUAUGCUAUAACUUUUGAAUAGUCUGUGCUGUUGACGUGAUAAUAGCGUACGUUUUCUGCUACGUGAGUUACGAACGUAAUCGUUCGAAAAUUAUGAACCAAAUUGUUAAAUUCCGACGGAGUCGGCUAAGAUUUUCUCCCGAAGACGAUUCGUUACUUUUGACAGAAGUGAUCAACCAAAAUCCGUUCGAAAAUCCUGCUAUAUGGAGAACAGUCUGCGAAAAUUUUGUGGCUAAAGUUGGAAAGCCGUUUUCAAUUCGAGCGAUAAAAGACCAUGUCGAUCUCUUAACGAGACGUCACGUCCAUGGCGGUAAACAAGGUGAAUCUGCUGGAUAUCAAACAGAACAUCACAGCCUGCUUAACACUGUCGUUGAUUUGAUAGAACGAUGCAAAAAGAGUAAAGUCAUAAAGGAACCAAGACCUAACCCUUACCAACUACAAAGUCCAUUAUUUAUGAAGCAAAAUAACAGUAUGAAUUCAACUGAUGACAAUAGGGGGGAGUUGAUAUAUUUAAAAGUCGAGUGUCCCGACAAUCAGGAAUCUAUGGAUGGUAUGCAUGAGGAACAGGCAACCUAUAGCCCAGCAGGUUCCGACGGUUCUGCGGAAUAUACAGAACAUGAGUUUCUAGACCAGAGUAAUGCAAACUCCCACGAAAUGACAACGUUAGAAUAUCUUAAAUCGAAGCACAAAGAGGAAAUGCAAAUGAAGAAAAGGGAAUUGAAAAUGGAAGAAAAAAAGUUAGCUUUAAAAGAGAAGGAAUUCAAUUUGGAAUCACAGAAAUUUGAGUUACAAAAGUGGGAGAGGAGUAAAAGACUUGAAAUCGAAAUGAAAGAAAGAGAGUUACACAUGAAGAUCCUUGAACAGCAGCAACAACUGAUAUCGAUGUUGUUUGAGAAGAGUAAUAUGACAUAACUUUACAUUUUAAUAAUACUUUAGGAAUAUGUUUUAUGUUUCAUUUAAUAAAUCUAUAA